AUGCCAGGAUGUCGCCUUCCUGGCGAUAUUUCAGGUCCCUCGCAGCUAUGGGACUUUCUAGCCCAAGGGCGCACAGCAGCAGGGACAGUGCCCUCGUCGCGAUUCAAUGUUGAUAGCUACCACGGCGCACCGGACGAGCCGGCCGUCGUCCGAGGGAAUGGCGGAUACUUCCUGCAAGAGGAUAUCCGCCAGUUCGACAACCAGUUCUUUGGCAUCAACAAUCGGGAAGCCACCGAUAUGGACCCCCAGCAGCGGAAACUGCUCGAGGUAGUCUAUGAAACGUUGGAAAACGCGGGCGUACCUCUGGAGCAGGUCUCCGGAGCCAACGUGGGAUGCUAUGUGGCCUACUUCGCCGCCGACUUCAUCGCUCUGCAGACCAAGGAUCCCGAGAGCGUGACCCGGUAUACUCAAGCGGGGAUGGGGUCGACGAUUCUAGCCAACCGCAUCAGUCAUGUCUUCAACCUCAAAGGCCCUAGUUGUGUCGUUGACACCGCCUGUUCAUCGUCUCUGUACGCCUUGCAUCUGGCCUGCUCGGCGUUGCAGAAUGGAGAGUGUGAUUCGGCCGUCGUGGCCGGGGUCAACCUCAUCCAAUCCCCGGAUGUUUUAGUCGCCAUGUCCCAGGCGGGAGUGCUUUCCCCAUCGUCCAUUUGUCAUACCUUUGACGCCGCGGCAGACGGGUACGGACGAGCUGAUGGCGUCAACGCACUCUAUGUCAAGAGAUUGAGCGAUGCCAUUCGUGAUGGCGAUCCCAUCCGCUCGAUCAUCCGUGGGACCGCGACCAAUAGCAAUGGUCGUACCCCCGGCAUCACCCAGCCCAGCAUUGAUGGCCAAGAGGCCGUUAGCCAGAAGGCGUACCGUCGGACGGGUUUGAAACCCGCCGACACAGCUUACGUGGAGAUGCACGGCACCGGCACCAGCGUGGGAGACCCGAUGGAAGCUGAGGCUGUCUCCCGGGUGUUUCGUCGCGAGGAGCGGCAGCAACAUAUCUUGGUGGGUGGCUGCAAGCCGAACCUAGGGCAUGGAGAAGCGUCCAGUGGCAUCACCAGCAUCAUCAAGGCUACUCUGGCCCUGGAACGGGCGCAGCUGCCACCCACCAUUGGCAUCACGCGACAAAAUCCCAAGUUGCGUCUGGAUGACUGGGGCAUGCAGAUUGUCACUGAUCUAACUCCAUUCCCGGAACCAGCCCCGGGGUUGGCUCGCCGCAUCAGCAUCAACUCGUUUGGUUACGGCGGCGCCAAUGCCCAUGGAAUUUUGGAAGAGGCGGGCCAGGGUGCUUCCUCGGAUGCAGAUAGUUUGGUCAUCAACGAGACAUCGGAUCCCACGCUUCGAUACUUGCUGCCAUUCUCGGCCAACAAGGUACCUUCAUUGGAGAGGCGCGUUCAGCAGCUGUCGAAGAGAGACCUCCCGGCUGCUGCCCUACCGGACCUUGCUUAUACCCUUGGCCAACGUCGUUCGCAUCUGGCCCAAAGAGGGUAUGUCCUUGCGCGGUCAGACACCCUAGCGACAGAUCUGGACGUGCAAAACCUCAGGCAGGCUCCAGUCAAUGGGGAUGCCAGCUGGUUGAACAAGAACGUGGUCUUCGCCUUUACCGGCCAAGGAGCGCAAUGGAAAGGGAUGGGCCGUGAGCUCCUCCAGAUCCCAACAUUUGCCAAUACAAUUCACCAGCUCGACGACGUCCUGCGCCUGGCUCCCUAUGCCCCUUCGUGGAGCAUCAUGGGCAUUCUGCAAGAUGACUCCGAGGCGUGCCCCAUCAAUCAAGCAGCCUUUGCUCAGCCCAUCACGACCGCGGUCCAGGUUGGCCUGGUUAAGCUCCUGCGGUCCCUCUCGAUCGAGCCGCAAGGUGUGGUCGGCCACUCUUCUGGCGAGAUAGGUGCUGCGUAUGCCGCUGGGCUUCUUACCCUCCGGGAAGCCAUCCUCGUGGCGUAUUACCGCGGCUAUGCUGUUUCCCACUACGCCCCGGAAGGAGCCAUGGCCGCGGUCGGUCUUGGCCCGGAUGCAGCGCGCGACUGGAUUCACCGGGCCGUUCCAGAGGGGUCUACAGUGCAGGUGGCCUGCCUCAACUCACCCCAGAGCGUGACCGUGAGUGGUGACCUGGCUGGCAUCGAUGGGCUCGUGGCGGCCCUACAAUCAGCGGGCGUCUUUGUGCGGAAGCUGAAGACCGAUGGAAAGGCGUAUCACUCGUAUCAAAUGGGAGUCGUGGGCGCCGAAUACGAGAAGUUGCUGCAGGAAGCGGACACCUUCGUUGAUGCGCAAGCGAACACCAGUGCGCGGAUGUUUUCCACCGUCCUCGACCGCGAGGUCCACGAGCGAGACGUCCGUACUAUCACCUACUGGCGUCAAAAUCUCGAGUCUCCAGUCCUAUUCGCUCAUGGCCUGCAUGGUGUGACGAGCUUAUGGAAGGGAGACUGUGCGUUUGUGGAGCUGGGGCCACAUGCCGUGUUGAAGAUGCCAAUCGCGCAGACGUUGGGCAAGUCCACACCCUAUCUAGCCACCCUCCAGCGCAAUCAGGACUCCUUGGUCUCGGUGCUCGGCUUCGUGGGCGACCUGUUCGUGCAGGGAUAUGCCGUAAACUUUGCCAAAGUCCAAAGCACUUUCUAUCCCAGCGCCCAUGGUGCACCUAAGGUGCUUUGCGAUCUCCCGUCCUAUCCCUGGCACUACGAGGAGCUGCUAUGGAAUGAGUCGCGCAUCAGCCGCGAAGGCCGCCACCGCAAACACAAGCGUCACGAACUGUUGGGAAGCCCAGUCGUCGGGGGCAAUCACCUCACCUUUGGAUGGAGAAACCUCCUCCGACUGGACAAUGUGCCCUGGCUGCGUGAUCAUCAGUUAAGCAACACCCCCGUGUUUCCAGCGGCAGGCUAUUUAGCGAUGGCUGUGGAGGCUCUUCUGCAGGUUGCGAUAUCCCCAAAUGUCAGCUUGGCAGAACAAACCGUGGCCCUGCGCCAUGUCGAGUUGCCGAGUGCCCUGCCCCUGGCCGAGCUGACUCCAAUCGAGCUGUACACGGAGCUUCGGCCUCAUGCUCUCUCCACGGUCUCUUCCUCGCGUGAUUGGUGGGACUUUCAAAUCGCGUCCAUCAUCGACGAUACCCCGACCAUCCGAGCUCGAGGCACGGUCCGAUUGGAGCCCAGCGGGGGCAUUGAUGAUGCCCGUUUGCCCUCCGCCAACUGCCGCGUCGAAGCGCACUCCAAGCGACUGUGGUAUGAGGGCAUCGCUAAGGCAGGUCUGGGAUAUGGGCCCACUUUCCAGCACAUGCAGGAGGUUCUGACUCCGAAUCCCAAGGGGACAUUGUACUGCGAAGCCCGGAUCGACACGCUCAACCCCAAAUUUGAAGGGGUUCAGUCUGCACCCCGGUAUCUUCUGCACCCUGCCCUGCUGGACAAUCUUCUUCAAGCCGGCCUGGUCGCCUCCACAGGGGGGCAUCUCCAGUCGAUGGUGGCCAAAGUGCCAACCCGGCUCGGGUACAUCCGUCUAUGCCAGCCCAGCCAGCCCCAGCAGCAGGGCAUCAUCCGCUGCACAUCUGCAGUGACUGGCUUCGCAACCCACCGAAUGAACGCGGCCUUAUGGGAUGCUCAGCAGCAGCCGGUGGCGCACUUCGAAGAGGUCGAUAUCCCCAAUUACGUCGGAAGCGAGCAGAUGACGGACGAGGUCCGCGAUCCCCUGUUUCGGGUCGUGUGGAAGCCGGACUUUGACCUCAUCUCCGAUGGAACGAUGCUGGCGGCAGCGAUUCAGCAUGUUCGCGCCACCACCGAGCUCGGCCGUCUGGGGUCGCAUGCCAACCUGCUGUCCGCAAUCGAUCUGGCCGUGCAUAAGGAUCCUGAUGCCGAUAUUCUUGUGAUCUCACCGGAUGUGUCUUUGACUGCCCUCGCGAUGCUGGAGGUGCUCGAGGCGCGGACAACCCACCAGCGCUUCCGGUCUCUGCAUCUGGGCCGGUUUGAUUCGGCUGGACAGCUGGAGGUAGCGGAAGUACAUGUCUCGGGGCUGAAAUUCGGGAUCCGAUCACUUUCUUAUGUGGCUGCAUCGUCGGGUCUCAAGUUUGGUCUGAUUGUCCUCGCCACGCCGGAAGCGUGGUUGCUCGACCAAUUGGUCGCAUAUACGGAUGGUCAUACCCGCCUGGUGGGCUUCAACAGCAACGACAGUAUCCCAAGCGAUCACUUUACCAGCAUCCGUACUCCUGACUGUGUGGUCCCCGGAGUGCAACUCCUGCGACCAGUCUAUGUGUCUAAUGGGGUCCGAGCCGGCAUCGAUCGGAUCAUCCACGUGGUGCGCAGCCAGGAUGCAGCGGAGGAGCAAUUGCGAAAUGAUCUCAGCGCAACAUUGUUGGUGCCAACCGAGCAGCACACAUUAGCCCAAGUUCCAAGCGCCCCAAUUGAUGAUCACACGCUGGUGGUAUCAACCGUGGAGUUGAAACACGCCGUCCUCGCCAACCCAUCGCCAGAAGACUACGCCGGCAUCCAGCACAUCCUAACGCAGGCAACACAGGUGGUCUGGGCAACGGGGUCCGGUGCCACUGCUGAUUCUGACCCCACGCGAUCCCUCUUCCCCGGUCUCGCGCGAGCCAUCAUGGUGGAGCAGCCAUCGACCAAGAUCUUCUCCAUCGAGCUGGACCCCAAUGCCAACCCCGAGACCAUCUCCAGCCAUGUUGCCAAGGUCGUUCGACAGGCCAAUCAUCCUACCGUGGACCAUGAAUUCCUGCAGAGUAGCGCUGGCCUCUUGAUCAGUCGCGUCGUGCCGGAUGAGCGUAUGAACACCUACUUUCGCGAUCAGGAGCAGGGGACUGCGCGUUUAGUGCCACUGGUCAAUGCCGGACAGGUGCGACUGUCUGUCGAGAAGCCCGGCCAGCUCAGCAGCGUGCGAUUUGUGCCAUCCCCCCAACAGACCGUGCGACCAGACGAGGUGGUCGUCAAGGUGUCGUGCAUCGGUCUGAAUGCCAAGGAUGUGUAUGCCCUAGCCGGUCGAGUGGAAACCCCCGAGGCAACCUGCAGCGGCGAGUGGACCGGACAGAUUGUCUCGGUGGGAUCGGCCGUGCAGCAUCUCGCCGUGGGAGAUCAAGUCGCAGUGCUCUAUCCGGGUCAUUUCAGCACGUAUGAGACCGUUCCAGCGCGGGCCUGCGUGAAGCUGCGUCCGGGCGAGGAUUUGCGCAGCAUGGCCUCGAUUCUAGUGGUUUAUACCACCGCUCUGUAUGCGCUGGAGCAUCGUGCCCAUCUCCAGGCAGGAGAGUCCGUGCUCAUCCAUUCGGCCGCCGGAGGGCUGGGCAUUGCUGCGAUCCAGGUUGCCAAGCUGAAGGGAGCUGAGAUCUUUGCCACCGUCGGCACCGAGGAGAAGAAGCAAUAUCUCGUCAACCACUUUGGACUGCAGCCAGAUCAUAUUCUCAAUUCCCACGAGACGGGCUUUGCAUCUCGGAUUAGGGAGCUGACGAAUGGUCGGGGCGUGGACGUGGUGCUUAACUCGCUGGCUGGCGAGCUGCUGCUCGAGAGUUGGGAGUGUCUCGGUCAUUUUGGACGCUUUGUGGAGCUGGGCAAGCGAGACAUUCGGGAUCAUGGCCGAUUGCCCAUGGAACCCUUUGGCCGGGGCGCCACAUUCACUGCGUUCGACCUGGCGCUGCUCGUCACAUCGCCAUCUCUGGCCCCAGUCCUCGCCGAGCUUCUGACGCGGGUGGUAGCCCUCAUCCGCAGCGGUGCCAUUCAGCCCGUGCAGCCUCUCAAGGUGUUCCCCGCAUCGGAACUACAAGCUGCCUUCAACUACUUCAACAACACCGCACGCAUGGGCAAGGUGGUCAUCUCGUUCGAGGACCCUAAUCAACAGAUCACGAUGGUCCCUCCCCGUUUCGCCACCCGACUCCACCCCGACAAGAGCUACCUGAUGGUCGGCUGUCUCGGGGGUCUCGGCCGCAGUCUCUCCAAAUGGAUGGUCCAGCGAGGGGCGCGCCAGUUCAUCUUCCUCGGCCGCACCGGCCUGCAACGCCCCGCAGCCCAGCGUCUCAUCGAGGACCUCGAACACGCCGGCGCCCACUGCAUUGUCGUCCCCGGCGACGUCACCAACCCCGCCGACGUCGAACGCGCCGUCACCGCAUCCUCGACUCCCCUCGGCGGCGUCGUCCAAGCCGCCAUGGGUCUCCACGAGGCCCUCUUCGCCGGCAUGCCCCACGACGCCUGGGUCGAAGGCACCCACGCCAAAGUCCACGGCACCUGGAACCUGCACCAGGCCCUGUCGCAGCACAACCGCGAGCACGCCCUCGACUUCUUCGUCGUCACCAGCUCCAUCAACGGCAAAAUGGGCACCGCCACCGAAAGCAACUACUGCGCCGCCAAUAACUUCCUCGACGUGUUUGCGCGCUACCGACGCAGUCUCGGCCGCCCGGCGAUCUCCUUAGGGCUGGGGAUGAUUGCCGAGGUGGGAUACCUCCAUGAGAACCCACAUAUCGAGGAUCUGCUUCUCCGUCGGGGUCUCCGGCCCAUCACGGAAGACGAACUCCUCCGGAUCUUCGACUACGGGCUGUCUCAGCCUCCGACAUCGAUUCCCGCCAGAGAUGCGAUGACGCACUCCUUGCUCCUCACCGGUCUCGAAGUCACCGGGCUCCUCCGCCAACAUCAACAGGGGUUUUCAGGCUACUGGCAUUUUCUCGAUGAUGCCCGCUUCGCUAUCUUGGCAAGUACCCUCCGUCGACAAGCCGGUACCUCCAGCCGCAGUAGCAGCAGCAGCAAUACCAGCACAGCGUGGACCACCGCGCUAAGCAGCAAAGACGAAGAGCAACUCACCUCCGCGGCACAGGAUCUAAUUGCGCAGAAACUAGCCAAUUUGGUACUGUUGCCCCUGGCGAAAUUGAACGUGAACUCGUCGUUAUCGGCUUUUGGGAUGGAUAGUAUGUUGGCGGCGGAGUUGAGGCAGUAUCUGUAUAGUGUCACUGGGGUGGAUGUGCCGUUUUUGACGUUGAUGGAUGCGGGGACGAGUGUGGUGGGGUUGGCGGGGUGGGUGGGGGGGGAAGCUGUCAAGUCGUUAUGA